CCCACCCACCCUCGCUCGCGUGGCCCUCACUUCCUGCGCGUGCCGCACGUGGCUGACUUACAGCCGGCGCGCGGCUCCUGCGCGGGACACGUGGCUGACGACCUCUUGACCCUUUGACCGUGACCUCGGUACCCCACCACCCGAGUUGCGAUGUUCCGCCUGGAGGGGCUAGGCCCGAAGCCGGACCCCGAGGAGAUCAGGAGGAAGAUGCGUGCCGACGUGUGGAGCACCGCACGAAAUUUCCUCAUUUACGUGGUCGUGCUGCGAGCAGCGCCGUUCGUUCUUCAGCAACUGGACAAGAUCUGAGUGUUGGAGGUCUCGUCCACCAUGAGAAGACGGACCAAGACGCGCCGCCCUUACGCCCUCGCCCAGCCCAGUAUAAAUCCUGUUCCUCAAUAAACCCACCGGCUACCAUCAA